GUAUGCAGCAUUUCCAUGCACAUCGCAGACAGCUCUCUCUCUCUCUCUGUUCUCUCCAUAAACUAUCCUUAUGGAUUUUCUAAAGUCUCGAGUUAUUAGAGUAGUUAUGGUGGUGGGGAUUUUAUCAGUGGUAGCUUCUGCAGGAAACUUCAACAGAGAUUUUGAGAUUACGUGGGGAGAUGGGCGUGCUAAAAUCCUCAACAAUGGCCAACUACUUACGUUGUCUCUUGAUAAAACUUCUGGUUCAGGCUUCAAAUCCAAGAACCAGUACUUGUUUGGGAAAAUUGAUAUGCAGCUCAAGCUUGUGCCUGGAAACUCUGCUGGAACUGUCACUGCUUACUACCUAUCUUCCUUAGGGUCAGCACAUGACGAGAUAGAUUUUGAAUUCUUGGGAAAUCUUAGUGGAGACCCUUAUAUUCUCCAUACAAAUGUAUUCACUCAAGGUAAAGGAAACAGAGAGCAGCAAUUCUAUCUGUGGUUCGAUCCCACAAAGGAUUUUCACACCUACUCUGUUCUUUGGAAUCCUCACACCAUUAUCUUCUUUGUGGAUGGGACUCCCAUUAGAGAGUUCAAGAACUUUGAAUCAAAUGGCAUAGCAUUCCCGAAAAGCCAACCAAUGUGGAUAUACUCUAGCCUAUGGAAUGCUGAUGAUUGGGCCACAAGGGGUGGCCUUGUCAAGACAGAUUGGACCCAAGCACCCUUCACAGCUUCUUACACCAACUUCAAUGCACAGGCCUGCAUUUGGUACUCAGGCUCCUCUUCUUGCUCCAAGAAUCCCUCUAACAGCUCAUGGCUCACACAGUCACUGGACACCACUGGCCAAGCAAGAAUCAAAUGGGUCCAAAAAAAUUACAUGAUUUAUAACUAUUGCACUGACACAAAGCGAUUCCCUCAAGGAUUCCCUCCUGAGUGCUCAUUUGCUUGAAUCAGUUUAUAAUGUAUUUGCAUUGAGUUUCUAAUAUCUUAGUAUACGUUUUCUGUUAGUCUUUUUAUCGAACACUUUGUGAUAUAUACGGAUGGUUGUAAUAAAAAGGAAAUAGUUGUUAA